GCGUCUCACACUGAUGAUUUUGAAGAAUGAUUUUGAAAGAAAUGCUGGGCUCCAGAUGUGAAGGGACUGGAACAUGGCAACCACCUUAAAGAGCAACAGCAGCAUGAGCAUCUUCUUCUUCUUCCUGAGUCCUCCUCUUGGGAGGAGGUUCCGAGGCUGGCGCGCGCUGCCCUCCCUUUGACGUCACGGGCUGGAAUUCCUCUCCGGCGCGCUCCUGCUGCCUUGCUUGCUCUGCUCUGAGUCCCUGGAGAAGAGGGAGGCAGGGAGAGGGGCGGGGAGCGCGUGGCGGUCUGGUCCAGAGCAGGGAGCUGGCGCCCCUUCCCUGCCUGCCUUCCUUCCCUGCUCCCUCGAGGCAGCAGCAGGUCGGGCUCUCUCUCCCUGCAGCCCCCAUUGCAAGGCUCUCUCUCCUUCAUUCAGAGACCUUCCUUCCCCUGGUCUGCUGGGGGUGAGCCUCCCAGCUUGGAGGCGCCAGGCUCUCUCUCUCUCUCUCUCUCUCCUGCUGCUGCUGAGUCCCUGCUGCUGUCUCCAGGCAGCGGUAAAUAAGAAUGAAAGAGGUAAUGUCUAAUAACAGUACAACGAGUAUAUCUCAAGCAAGGAAAGCAGUGGAACAGUUAAAAAUGGAGGCAUAUCUGGACAGGAUAAAGGUAUCCAAGGCUGCUGCAGAUUUAUUGGCAUAUUGUGAUGCUCAUAUGGGAGAAGACCCUCUUAUUAUGCCAGUGCCUGCAUCUGAAAAUCCCUUCAGGGAGAAGAAGCUCUUGUGUACUAUCCUUUGAAUUACCUUACAGUUAAAAAUGUCCUUUGUGAAAAUACAUUACUGAUGGUGCAUGCGUUUUCUGGAGACUUCUUCCAUACAAUAAUUUAAUCCAAAAUUGACUGUUAAUAAGAACACAGUACAUUUUAAGUGAGUGUAGAUAUUUUAAAUGGAAAAUUGAUGUCAUUUUUUUUCUAUUGGUGUUCUAUUAAAUAUUUCUGUUGUCAGCUGUUUGUUUUAUAAUGAAAGAACUUUAUUUGGUUUGAGGUAUGUGAUAAUUACAUUUUCUCAGAUUUUGUUAGUAUGAUUAUUUGUGAGAGAGACUCAUACCAAGAUGAGCAAUAGCUACUUUCAACAUUUGAAAACCUUUCUUUUAAGGAAGGAGAAUUCAGCAGAUAGUAUGGUGCUUGAUGACAUUUUAAACAUGGGAGCUUCCUCACCAACCUGUUGAUAGCAUUUGAUCUGCAGGGCAGCUGUACCUUAAGAAUUGGAAGCUGCUUUAUAUCAAGUCAGAUACUUGCUCAAUAAUAUCUAUUCUGACUGGCAGCAGAUGCCUCUGGUUUUGAAUAGAAGCCUUAUUGCAAUCCAGUUUAGAGAUGCUAGGGACAUUUCCUAUUGAGCUCGAGUCUUUCGAUUGCAUCAAAAACGAUUGUAAGUGGAGAUUUUCUCCCCUUUUAUUUCAUUACAAAGACAGCAAGCCAAACUGAGACCAUACUGAUGUAAUCCCACUGAUCAAAGUGGUACACUGGAAGAUUAGCUGGGCCAGUGUGGGACACAGUAUAAAUGAGGAAUUGCUGCACAGAGUUCCACACAUCUUUUUAAAAGCAUUGAUUCUACCACAUCUCAACAUGACUUUAAUAUUUUUUGUAUUCCAGUUUGGACACCAAACACCAAAAUUGCUAGAAAUCUGCAUGUUUCUAGUAUAAUUCAGUAUGCGUUAAGCAACUGUUUCCUAUGUUUGUUCUUCAUCUUGGCUCUUACUCUUAACUGUUCCCUUAUGUUGGGGCCAAAUUGAGGCAAAAGGCUAAACAUGCAUCCCAACUUCCUUUUGAGAUAAUCAGGUAGCACUUCUAAAUUAUAUUGUUAAUUUAUUUUAUAUUGUUAAUUUGUUUUAAGAUAUGUGCUCAACAUUGUUGCUAUGUGACCUCAGUUAUUUUUUCUUCACCUUUUAAUAUUUUAAUAAA